ACUUCAGUUGCUAAAGAAACUUACACCUUGAAAGUUCAGUGUCAGCUUUUGGGGCUUUGCGUGAUUAUUAGCAGUGAACCAAGUGGAUUAAAUAGCUAUUAUAAAUUGAAAGUGUAAAGUGGAAUCCGAAAGAAAAAAAAACCAUAAUCUAGGAACAAAGCACAUCACACACGUGAUUAUUCAAUCCUUCAAGUGUAACGAACAUUUUCAUCUUGGACAAAAGUGUCAAUGGCGCGAUAAACGUGCAGAAAGUGUGGAAAUAGUACAAAAAAAGCAGCAUAUUUUGCCAAAAAGAUCUCAUUGGAUUUAAUUUAUUCGCAAUACCCGAGGAACAAUGACUCUGGCAUCAUUUUCCAUUAUAAUUGCAUCUAUGACAAUUUUGGCAUUGGCAUCCGAUGAAAGUUCCCAUCAUGUCUCAUCGGAAGAUCUUUCACUUUCAAUGCCUGGGUCAAAAGACGCCUCCGCGGCGUUCAGUGCAAGCCACAGCAACUCCAUGGCUGAUCAUUCAUUGCACACACUCUCCAAGAGAUCUCUUCGGCGGCAGCAUCACAUAAUCAUCGAGCGACGACCCGUAAGCAGGGGGCCGCCAAGACGAAGACGUCGUCCGCCAAAAUUUCCCACGAGCUUUCGCCCGAAAAGUCGCCCAAAGAUCCCAAAACCUGUCUAUGGGCCACCCAACUAUGUCUUCGGGAAGCCCCUUGGCUAUGUGGUCAUGAAUCAGAAUAAUGAAAUAAUUCAUCAGAGCAAGGACUUUUCGGAACUUCCUCCGCACUUCUUUGACGGACGCAUCCCACCAAAUUUCAUAAACGACGACCCUCCAGCACCAUACCAAGAGGAACCUGAAAUUAUUCCUUCAAUUGGCUUUGAAGCCCACACCAGCCAACAUCGUCCUGCACCACCAUCUCUAGCUUCAGAGGAAGUACACACGUGGACACAAUACGAGGAAAUUCAGCCAAAGCCCAAAGUGAGGCGCAAAAAACCCUCAACAACUCCAGAACCAUCACCACCGUCCCAUUUUCCAAUAUUCUCAACGCAUUUGAAGCCACAACCACCAAGCACGAGUUACGGGGUGCCUGAAACUCCAUUUACAAUUUCAAAUUACAACCCCUGGCUUGGUGGAUUGUCACCUAAAACUCCAGCACCCACCUUCCACAAACAACCAUCAUUUCCAAGUGCAACACGACAGAAAACUCCGGUCCAUGCGAGUUUUCAGAAUCAAUUUGAUCUGGAGCAAGAAGAUGAGAAGAAUCUCUACAAUGCUCCAAUUUCCUCCUAUGAUGUUCCUCUUAACUACGUGAGUACAGACACAAAGCCAUCCUCAAUUCAGACAUUCAGCAAAAAGCCCGUGAGCAAUCAUAAAUAUCCGACUGAGACCUUCGAUGUGGGAUCAUUUGAGCACAAUCCCUCGAGUAGUUUCCAAAGUUAUCUACCGCCUCAACUUCCGGAGAGUUACAACGAUGAUGAAUUCCCCGGAGUAACAAGGCAUAAACAGCAACAAAUUCCACAAGACUAUAGCGGAGAGUACAGCAACUCCGAGGAGUCUCUGGAGCCACCCCUAACGUUCACUUUCAAGAAACCCACCAAACAUGUCACAAGGAAGCCUGUCUUCAGACAAACAACAACAGCACAAGAGGCUUUUGAGAAUUUCGUUCGGGAAAUUCGUCCAAGUUUAGCAACGACAACUCCUCCGACAGAACCAGAACCCAUCUACAUUCCCAAACCCACAACAAGGCGACCACGACCUCCAACAGUCUCCCAUCGUCCUCGCAUUCAACCCAUUCAGUCUUCUGAUUCACACAACCUCGACACAGAUGACCUUCGAGAGGCAUACAUUGAGAGCAGUGCUAGCCAGGAAGAUUACAACUUUGAACCUGAACCCAUUAGUUUUGAAUCCAUGCGUUUCUCACCGCAUGACUCACGUCCAUCUGCUAGUGAUAAGAGGCCACAUAAUUAUGUUCUCGUCUCAUCCGCUAACAGGGAACAUCAUACAACAUCAAGUACAGAGAACUACCCAAAGAAUCAUCCGGGAAUGCUGCAUAAACCUUCAAAUGUUGACAUAAUCUCCAUUCAAAAGUCCAAAUCAAAGAACUACUACGCCGGCUCAACUACACCAUCCACAAGACCACCACGUUCCAAUCCACGUGGUUCCCAUCGACAAUAUACAAAAUCACAAAUUUCCCGACAGGAUAACUUUUCCCUCCUUCAUGGGGAAAAUUAUGGCAACAAUCCUCCCACAACAUCGUACAAAUUUAAUCCCUCCCUUCACUUUACCAAAACUUUCUCAUCGAAAAUUACCCAACCCCACCACACGAACCACAAGUACCAGCAGCAAUCUCUGUGGAAUGGUCAGGAACUGCCCAAGAAUCACAAAUUAACCAAUCGUGAUAUAUAAUUCUGUGCAAUUUCGUGUGUGAGUGUGAAACAAAUUGUCCUGAAUUUUUGUAUAGAAAUAAAUGUUAAUUGAUAAGA